UUAAGACAUAUAAAUAUACGCCGGGAAGAUAACCAGCCAUUGACUUCCAACCAGCUGAAGUCUUUUGUUUUUUCUUUAUUUGGAUAAGUGCAAGUGAAACAAACAUGCGCAGAGUCUUACUUGUGAGCCGCUCACUUGCACUAUGCCUCCUACUGAGCUCCCCGUCGAUGGCUCGGCAAUUCACAAAGCGUGAAGCUCCUCUAAACGGAGGCGGCUAUCCCAGCGGCGGCCCGUCCCCUCCGUCUUCUAGCUAUGGGGCUCCCAUAGGAGGAGGCGGGGGUGGGUUCGGAGGCGGCGGUGGAUUCGGAGGAGGAGGUAAUGGAAAUGGAAACGGAAACGGCUUUGGAGGUAUAUCUUCCAGUUACGGAGCACCACCCUCGAGUUCGUAUGGUGCACCACCUUCGAGCUCUUAUGGCGCACCACCUUCAAGCUCAUAUGGCGCACCACCUUCAAGUUCUUAUGGAGCACCACCCUCAGGUUCGUUUGGUCCACCACCUUCAAACUCUUAUGGUGCGCCACCUUCAAGUUCCUAUGGAGCACCACCAUCAAAUUCCUACGGAGCACCACCUUCGAGUUCAUAUGGAGCACCACCUUCCAAUUCCUAUAGGGCGCCACCUUCAAGGCCUUCUUCUUCUUACGGAGCACCAAAACGUCCAUCUCGACCUUCGUCUUCAUAUGGUGCACCACCUCGUAGACCGUCUUCCAGCUACGGUGCGCCUCCCUCUUCUUCAUAUGGGGCACCACCAUCUUCUUCAUAUGGCGCACCACCUUCUUCGUCCUUUGGAUCACCUCCUUCUCGUUCAUAUGGAGCACCGCCAUCUUCUUCAUAUGGAGCACCACCAUCCUCUAAUUAUGGAGCACCACCCUCUUCUUCAUAUGGCGCACCACCUUCUUCGUCCUUUGGAUCACCUCCUUCGCGUUCAUACGGAGCACCACCAUCUUCCUCGUAUGGAGCACCACCAUCUUCUAAUUAUGGAGCACCACCCUCUUCUUCAUAUGGAGCCCCACCCUCUUCUUCGUAUGGAGCCCCUCCAUCCUCCUCAUAUGGAGCACCUCCCUCUAGUUCUUACGGUGCUCCAAGCAGGGGUAGAGGUAAUGGUGGAGGUGGAUUUGGAGGAGGAUCUGGCGGUGGAUUUGGAGGCGGCUUUGGAGGAGGAUUUGGUGGAGGAUCUGGAGGAGGAUUCGGUAAGAGCAAUGGAAACGGUAACGGAAAUGGAGGAGGGAUAUCUUCAGGUUAUGGAGCUCCCCCCGCUGCUCCUUCUCCAUCUUAUGGUGCGCCGCAACCUGCGCCUGCACCUGCACCUGCUCCAUCCUCCUCGUAUGGAGCUCCAACAAAUGGUAACGGCAAUGGUAAUGGCAAUGGUAAUGGCAAUGGAAAUGGGAACGGAAACGGUGUAUCGUCCGGGUACCUACCACCAUCAACCAGUUACGGCACACCUGUAGGCCCAUCUCGUCCAGCGCCAAGUUCCUCAUACGGUGCUCCCCCAGCAGGUCCACCAAGUAACUCGUACGGUGCUCCCCCAGCGGCUCCUCCUAGUUCUUCAUACGGUGCACCUCCAGCAGCACCACCAAGUAACUCGUACGCACCACCCGCUGCAGGCCCACCAAGCUCAUCUUACGGUCCCCCUCCAGCUGGACCACCAAGUUCUUCGUACGGUGCUCCACUUCCUGAUAUACCUAGCUCUUCAUAUGGAGCCCCUGCAGCACCUGGACCAUCGAGUGAUGGAGGACAAGGCUACGAUAGCAACGGUGGCUAUGUGUACUAGAGAAGUGAUGGGGAACUCUAACUUGUAUAUACUUAGUUUUAAUUAUUUAUUCAUAAUCUGCAGUAUUAAAGAUGUACAUUUUUUACCUGAAAUAAAAGUUUCUUAUAAAAUAGAGAA